AUGAGCGAGGCACGCCAAAUUCAGUCGAUGAUCGACUUCAUUGAGCGCGAGGCUCAAGAGAAGGCCGAGGAGCUCGAGGCGGCGGCGCAGGAGGAGUAUGACGUGGAGAAGAUGCGCUUGGUCGAAGCGGAGAAGGCGAAGAUCCGCGCCAUGGCGGAGAAGAAGCUGAAGCAGGUUGAUGUGGACCGCCGUGUGGCUCGUGCCAACUACUCGAAGUUGCAGCGCAUGCGCGUCAUGGAGGAGCGAGCGAGGACUAUGGAGAAGUUGCACGAGCAGACGCGCCAGAAGAUUGUGGCUAUGAUCAACAACCCACCCCAGUACAAGCCGAUGUUGGUGCGUCUCAUCCGCCAGUCCCUCAUGUCCAUCCGCACGGACGCUGUCGUCCAGUGCCGCAAGGAGGACGAGGCUGAGGUCGCGCGCGAGAUUCCGGAGCUGGAGCGGUGGUACAAAGAGAAGACCGGCGUCACCAUCUCGAUCCAGACGAGCAAGACCUACCUCGACACAGUCGAGGCGUGGGGCGGCGUAGUGGUGAAGUCAACCGACGGCCGCGUCGUGUGCAACAAUACGUUGUCCUACCGCACCAAGACGUGCUUCGAUGAGCAACUGCCCACGGUGCGCUUCCACCUCUUCAACACCGAGGCGCCACUGUAA